GAGCCCCCGCCCCGGGAGGAAGGGGAGGAGGCCGGGUGUUUCCUGGCGCAUUCCCGGCCCGCCCGAGUGACUCACUCGGCCAGGAAACUCCCAGGGCCCGCCCGGGACCCCCGAGCCGCCGCGGUGGACCCAGGCCAGGAUGGCGGCCCAGGUGACCCUGGAGGAUGCUCUGUCCAAUGUGGACCUGCUGGAAGAGCUGCCUCUGCCCGACCAGCAGCCAUGCAUCGAGCCCCCACCAUCCUCACUGCUCUACCAGCCAAAUUUCAACACUAACUUUGAAGACAGAAAUGCAUUUGUCACUGGCAUCGCAAGAUACAUUGAACAAGCGACUGUCCAUUCUAGCAUGAAUGAGAUGCUGGAGGAAGGUCAAGAGUACGCUGUCAUGCUGUACACCUGGAGGAGCUGCUCUCGGGCUAUCCCACAGGUGAAGUGUAACGAACAGCCCAAUAGAGUGGAAAUUUAUGAGAAAACUGUGGAGGUUCUUGAGCCUGAAGUCACAAAACUGAUGAAUUUUAUGUACUUCCAGAGGAAUGCCAUCGAGCGUUUCUGUGGGGAGGUGAGGCGCCUGUGCCACGCGGAGAGAAGGAAGGACUUCGUUUCUGAAGCCUACCUGAUCACCCUGGGCAAGUUCAUCAACAUGUUUGCUGUGUUGGAUGAGCUGAAGAACAUGAAGUGCAGCGUGAAGAAUGACCACUCUGCCUACAAGAGGGCUGCUCAGUUUUUACGUAAAAUGGCAGAUCCACAGUCCAUCCAGGAAUCACAGAAUCUAUCCAUGUUCCUGGCCAACCACAACAAGAUCACACAAUCUCUGCAGCAGCAGCUUGAAGUGAUUUCUGGCUAUGAAGAGCUCUUAGCAGACAUCGUGAAUUUGUGUGUGGAUUACUAUGAAAAUAGGAUGUAUUUGACGCCCAGUGAGAAACACAUGCUUCUCAAAGUCAUGGGAUUUGGUCUGUACUUGAUGGAUGGGAGUGUCAGCAACAUUUAUAAACUAGAUGCCAAGAAAAGAAUAAACUUAUCCAAAAUCGACAAGUACUUCAAGCAGCUCCAGGUGGUUCCGCUGUUUGGGGACAUGCAAAUAGAACUGGCAAGAUACAUCAAGACCAGCGCUCACUAUGAGGAAAAUAAAUCUCGGUGGACGUGCACAUCCUCUAGCAGCAGCCCACAGUACAACAUCUGCGAGCAGAUGGUCCAGAUCCGAGAGGACCACAUGCGCUUCAUCUCGGAGCUGGCACGAUAUAGCAACAGCGAGGUGGUCACAGGCUCGGGCCGCCAGGAGGCUCAGAAGACAGACGCUGAGUACCGGAAGCUCUUCGACCUGGCACUGCAGGGCCUGCUGCUGUCGCAGUGGAGCGCUCACGUGAUGGAAGUGUACUCAUGGAAACUUGUGCACCCAACGGACAAGUACUCCAACAAGGACUGCCCCGACAAUGCUGAGGAGUAUGAGCGGGCCACCCGCUACAACUACACCAGUGAGGAGAAGUUUGCCCUGGUGGAGGUGAUUGCCAUGAUCAAAGGCUUGCAGGUCCAUGGCAGGAUGGAGAGCGUGUUCAACCAUGCCAUCCGCCACACCGUCUACGCUGCACUGCAGGACUUCUCCCAGGUCACCCUCAGGGAGCCGCUCAGGCAAGCCAUCAAGAAGAAGAAGAACGUUAUCCAGAGUGUCCUGCAGGCCAUCAGGAAGACCGUGUGACUGGAGACAGGCACGAACCUUCAAUGACCCUGCCUUCGGGGUGGACCCCAAGGUGGCUUCGACAUUAAAGUGCCUCGGCGCGCCGUGGGACCCUCUAGCACCCAGUCUCCUCCCUCGCUCCCGCUUCCUGCUCUCUACCUGGUGCGCACCAUGGCGGAGUCCUUGAGCUCUGCCGAGCUGCAGCAGCUCAAGUCUUUGGGCGCGGAAAGGCUCUUGCAUGUGGUUAACGCGUUGAGGCAGUCCUACACCUAUCCGCCUCUUUUAACCUUUGGUGAGACGCUCCAGCAGUGCUGUGACCUUUCACAGUUGUGGUUCCGAGAGUUCUUCCUGGAGCUGACCAUGGGUAGAAGGAUCCAGUUCCUUGAGAUGUCCAUGCCCUGGAUCCUGACAGACCAUAUCCUGGAGACCAAGGAGGCAUCGAUGAUGGAGUACGUCCUCUACUCACUGGACCUGUACAAUGAUAGUGCCCACUGCCUCACCAGGUUCAACAAGCAGUUUCUCUACGAUGAAAUCGAGGCAGAGGUGAAUCUAUGCUUUGACCAAUUUGUUUAUAAGCUGGCAGACCAGAUAUUUGCGUAUUAUAAGGUUAUGGCGGGAAGUUUGCUUCUUGAUAAACGGUUACGAUCAGAGUGCAAGAAUCAGGGAGCAACAAUCCACCUCCCUCCAUCUAACCGCUAUGAAACGCUGCUCAAGCAGAGGCACGUGCAGCUCCUGGGCAGGUCCAUAGACCUCAAUCGUCUGAUUACCCAGCGCGUCUCAGCCGCCAUGUACAAGUCCCUGGAACUGGCAAUUGGGCGAUUCGAGAGUGAAGAUCUGACGUCAAUAGUCGAGCUGGACGGCCUCUUGGAAAUCAACCGCAUGACCCACAAGCUGCUGAGCAGGUACCUGACUCUGGACAGCUUCGAUGCCAUGUUCCGGGAGGCCAACCACAACGUGUCGGCACCCUAUGGGAGGAUCACUCUCCACGUCUUCUGGGAGCUCAACUACGACUUCCUGCCCAACUACUGCUACAAUGGCUCCACCAAUCGAUUUGUUCGGACAGUAUUACCAUUUUCUCAAGAAUUUCAAAGGGAUAAACAGCCAAAUGCACAACCCCAGUAUUUGCAUGGAUCAAAGGCUUUAAACCUGGCCUAUUCGAGCAUCUAUGGCAGCUACCGGAACUUCGUGGGCCCCCCCCACUUCCAGGUCAUCUGCCGGCUGCUUGGCUACCAGGGCAUCGCAGUGGUCAUGGAAGAGCUGCUGAAGGUGGUUAAGAGCCUGCUGCAAGGCACCAUCCUGCAGUACGUGAAGACGCUGAUGGAGGUGAUGCCCAAGGUCUGCCGGCUGCCGCGGCACGAGUACGGCUCCCCUGGCAUCCUGGAGUUCUUCCACCACCAGCUGAAGGACAUCGUGGAGUACGCGGAGCUGAAGACCGUGUGCUUCCAGAACCUGCGGGAGGUGGGCAAUGCCGUCCUCUUCUGCCUGCUCAUCGAGCAGAGCCUGUCUUUGGAAGAAGUGUGUGACCUGCUGCAUGCAGCCCCGUUCCAGAACAUAUUGCCGAGAGUCCACGUGAAAGAGGGAGAGAGACUUGAUGCCAAAAUGAAAAGACUAGAAUCAAAGUACGCCCCACUUCAUCUUGUCCCUCUGAUUGAAAGACUGGGAACCCCUCAGCAAAUUGCAAUAGCGAGAGAGGGGGACCUGCUGACAAAGGAGCGUCUCUGCUGUGGCCUGUCCAUGUUUGAAGUCAUCCUGACUCGGAUCCGGACCUUUCUGGAUGACCCCAUCUGGCGUGGGCCUCUGCCCAGCAACGGGGUCAUGCACGUGGAUGACUGCGUCGAGUUUCACAGGCUGUGGAGCGCCAUGCAGUUUGUCUACUGCAUUCCCGUGGGGACACAUGAGUUUACGGUUGAACAGUGUUUUGGCGACGGGCUCCACUGGGCUGGCUGCAUGAUCAUCGUGCUUCUGGGGCAGCAGCGGCGCUUUGCUGUACUGGAUUUUUGCUAUCAUCUCCUCAAAGUCCAGAAACAUGAUGGCAAAGAUGAAAUUAUCAAAAAUGUGCCUUUGAAGAAGAUGGUGGAGAGAAUUCGGAAGUUCCAGAUUCUCAAUGAUGAGAUAAUCACUAUCUUGGACAAGUACUUGAAGUCAGGCGACGGAGAGAGCACGCCUGUGGAGCACGUUCGCUGCUUUCAGCCACCUAUUCACCAAUCCCUGGCCAGCAGCUGAGGACGCGGAUGUCCUGCUGUUGAAGAAUUCUAGUACUGACUGCAUUUGAGAACUGUAAGGGCAUGUUUUUCUUUCCAUAAACUAUUUAGUGAGAUUUCUAGGGACUAUUUUUCAGUAUCUCUGUGCCUGUUAAAGGGGAUGCUUUUCAAACUAAAAGCUUAAUUUUAUAAAAUUGACUUAUUUUUCUAGACUAAAAUUGUAUAUGCUUUUGGUAAUUGGAAAGUCUGAGAACAUUGGCUGGUUGCUGACAUCAUGUUCUUACAAAAUUACUUUCCAUUUUUUUUCCUAUGGAAUGUUCCAACAGCUAGCUAUUUCAGCAAGUGCUGCUGAGUUCAUCCAUUUAACCUUUUAUAACAAUUAGGGAAAGAUUUGUGGAUUUAAGAAACUUAAUACCAGCUAAUUGUGAUAAAAUCUGUUACCAAUUAGGAUUAAUUAAUGAUUAAUUAUCUAGCUAUUUGGUUACGGAUGUUUCUGGUUUUUUAUGGAAACCUUUUCUAAGUCAUUUGUUCCCUUCCCCUUUGUGUGUCAGUGAUUCAGAAAAUAGUGAACAUGUUUUCGAGGCUUCUACUAAAUCCAGUUGUGACGAAAUCUAAUUUGUGAGGUAUGAUUUAAAGGUUACAAAAAUAAAACUAAUGAAACCUG